GCCUUCCACUGCUCUAUCUAUCAUUCACUGAUUACAGUUCACUUGCAAAAGAUAAUUGAGUCACUUUCCAUCGAGUUCACUACUAUAUCUACUACCUCCCUAUCUAUAUCUACAUACAGCAAGCCUCCAUUCCGAACUAUACAAACCAAACCAAACCAACAAACAGUCCUCCAUUCCUGCAAGCCAUAUCAUCCAUUACCUCUCCCUCUAAAGCAACAAUGUCCUCCAACAUCACAAAGUCGGCCACUGCCACAGUCACAGAUGACUCGGCCUCAACCCACUCCUUCCUCUCCACAACAACAACCCUAAAGGGCACCGGCCCCGAACCCACCAAGAACAAAUGGUUCUCCUCCAAGAAUACAACCGACGCAAAAACAAGCACAAAUCCCUCCAAGCCAAAGCGCACCAAUCGCCACACCAAGAAAGAAAUAAGCUAUGAAGUCCUCGCUACGUAUCUCGCGUUGCGGUGAAGGGGGGCAAUCAGAUAUAUCAUAUCGAUCAAGGGGUGGAAAGGGGGAUCGAACACUAAUGCUGGGAAUACAUGACGGCUUGGUUGAGAUGACGUUACCCUGCCCGGUGCAUCUAUGGGUCUCGCUUUUGUUAUCUUUUGGGGCAAAAUGGCGUCUAGGCGCGGUAUUGGCUUUGACGAUGGUUAUAUUGCAUCAUUUGCGCUUUGUUUGGAAUUGAGAUAGGGCUGUUUGGAUAUUUUGCCCUGGUUUGUAGGUAUUGGGAACUGGUAAUCGGUUAUUUAGAUAGGGCUGAAUGCUUAAUGGGACAUAAUAGAUGGUCUAACUUGGGA